CUCCUAGCGGUGCAUGCUGGGUGAUAUUGGGGCAGGGUAGCGGUAGCAGCAGUAGGAGGUUGACUGAAUCGUCACUUUCUGCCGUUUUACACUGUCCCGCGGGCGUCAUCUGGCAACCCGUGGACCGCACUGUCUUUACCUGAGUCAUGGACAUCUGUGGACAACAUCUCACGGUGUAGCCAGGAGGAUUCGUCGAUUGCCAGAGAAUCAUGGAGCCAGAUGUGAUUCGCAUGUACUCGUCCUCCCCACCCCCGAUGGAGGACGGUGCUGAGGAAGAGGAUGAUGAGUUCGGAGACUUCGGCACCUUCUCUGGUGGUGUCCCAAGCAGCGUCAGCGUCACAGAAUUUGACACCCCGACAACUUUUAACCAGUCCCAGGCUUUGACUGCCACCUCACCACCUGAGCUCAUCAGCAGCAGAGGGCUGAUGGGAUUCAACCACAACUCCUCCAACGGCAUCCACGGCCCUAAUAAUGAGCUUUCCAAGGCUAAUGGCAUUGUGCCAUUGAGCCACCUAGGCAGCGGUCCCUCAGAAAGAACUGAGAUGAAAAAGGCCCUCUCCAGUUCCCUGGACUUCUCAGUAAGCGACACAGCUGGCAGCGAGCUGGCUAAUUGCAAUGGCGGAGGUACAGAGGUGUUCACUAACGGGUUUGCAACCUUUGAUGUUCAGGUAAGCCCUUCUUCACAGAGUUCUGUGCACUCUUAUUUAAAAGGAGCAUCCAUAGAGGAUAUGGGCAGCGGCGCCGUUGGCAGCCCGGAGGACGAUUUUGCAGACUUUGCUGCUUUUUCCAGUGCUGAAGGACUCCUCAGCCAGACAGCAAACAAGGACUUGGACAAUCCCACAGGGGGCAGCUGGCUGCCAGAAGCUGCCUACCAUAAUGAGCACUGUAAUACAGAGCAGGGAGUGACUUCAGAGGACACUGUCAGGGACACAAACAGAACUGGUCCUGGCACAGCUGGCUCUGAUUCCAUAUCUGCUCCUGCUGAGGCCCCAGGCGGCUCGUGCAGCAUAGACCAGGGCUUGCACACAGACAUUGGCUCUCAACAAAGGGACGUAGGCUUUGCACAGGAGGCAGGAUGCACUAACAGGCCCCUCACUCUGAACAGUGUCAAUGUAGCUGACAGGGACGAUUCCAAAGAGGCCGCGGGCUGCAGUGAGAGCGACCUCUCCCCUGAUGCAGCUGCAGAUAGUGAGGUGGGACAAUCUGGCGAGAAGGGCUCUGGGAACGACACAGAAACUGAGACAGAGACGUCGUUCGGCCGGCUGCUGUCCACAGAUGCUCUGGAGGAGUACGGAGACAUGAGCACCACGGGCUCAGUACCCUCUCCUCCCCUCCAGGGGGAUACUGCCACACCCGCUGACCACAGCCAGCUGGCAGAGGACGAUGAGGACUUUGGAGACUUUGGAGACCCUGGCUCCUUUGGUGGUCAGGGCUUUGUGGAAUGUGAGCAGCUGGAGGUCCAGCAGGAGCAGAGCAGGUCCUGCAGCUCACCUCCUGCAAAGGAAGUUACAAACACUGAUGAGGAUGAUGAUUUUGGUGACUUCAACUCCCCCAAAUUUCACACCAGUGGACACGAGGGGGAGGAUGAUGGCAGGUUUGCAGAAUUCCCCGUCAGUGACAGUUUUGGGAAUUUCAGCUCAGCUGUGGAAGGUGUCGAUGGGGAGGCAGAUGCAGGGUGGAGUGCCUUCGGGGAGCAGCAGCAGGUGGAGGGGGAGUCCUGGGUGGCGUUCAGCACUGAGCAGAGCGUCGCUCCUCCUGCAGAGGUCAGAGAUGAGGAGCGGCAGGAAAGUGAAGCUGCCCGCAAACAAACCAGCAGGACAGACAAUCAGUUGGGAAGCGUCGCUCCUCCUGCAGAGGCCAGGGUUGAGGAGCGGCAGGAAAGUGAAGCUGCCAGCAAACAAACCAGCAGGACAGACAAUCAGUUGGCGCUGCUGUCGAGCCGUCUGGAGAAACUGUUUCAGAGCAGCUUCCCUCAGUCUGCCACUGCCCUGGUGGAGGAUGACAAGGUGGUGUCCUUGAAGAUCCUGCUAGAGCCUCUGGAGGACAAACCCCAGCCAGGAGCUGAGAUGGAGCAGAGGCCGCCAUGCAGCAGGCCUGUGCGUGUGUGGACGCAGCUUCAGGACAUCCAUGAGGCGCUGGGCCUCAGGUACCAGUGGGGGGGCUCCCAUUGCAAUAAAGCACUGCUCUGCUGCCUGGGCAUCGACACCCGGAACAUUCUAUUCACAGGACAGAGGAAGCAGCCUGUCAUCGUGCCCAUGUACGCCGCCGGCCUGGGGAUGUUGGAACCAACCAAAGAGCCCAUGAAGCCCGUCUCUGCAGCAGAGAUGAUUGCCUCGAUAGCCCAGGCGCCUCCUGUAGCUCCAGAGAACAGCUCCUGUCCCUCAGACUCAGCCCAGGAGGCCCUCCCACCGGUCCAGUUCGAUUGGAGCAGCAGCGGCCUCACCAACCCUUUGGAUGCGAGCGGAGGCUCGUCUCUGCUAAACCUGGAUUUCUUUGGUCCUGUGGAGGAUUCAGGCUCCACCAGCUCCCCUUCCAUCCCAGGUGUGGACCCUGAGCUGUACGAGCUGACUACGGCCAAGCUGGACCUGGGCGGCUCCGGGAGCCGGGUGGCGGACGCCUUUGCCCGCCUGAUGUCCACUGUGGAGAAGACCAGCACCUCCACCAGGAAGCCGAGGAAAGACGAGAACCUGAGCGAGGAGUCAGCCAAGGUGAUUGCAGGCCUGCCUGACCUCUCCUUCAUGCAGGCCAAGGUGCUGAUGUUUCCUGCCACACUGAUGCCACUCGGCUCCCAGGCCAUGCCGGAAUGAAGCCCCGCCCCUGGUCCCGAACGCAUUCGUUUGGCCCCGCCCAGUUACCUGGUUGUCCUUUCUCUUGUUCUGCUGCAGCUCAGCCCACCCCAUUCAUACCCUUUUUUUCUUUCUUUACAGCUUUUGCUUUAUGACCUAAAUUUUCAAAAUAAAGCAAAGCGUAUAUUUUACCAUCAGGGGAGAAACAGCUGUGAUGUGGAGGAGGGCGAAUGGCCUGCUCAUUAACAGAACAGGAGCCAGAUAAGUCACUUGUAGAGCAGGUAAUUACUAGAGGAAGGUCUAGCAGUGUGUGCUGUCCAUACCUUGAAGAAUCAUGGUGUAUAUAAUCAGGGAUUUCAUGUUUAUUUUCCCUUUUUUAAAUCCUGGAUGAUUUUGGAGGAUUUUAUGUCUCUGUGGUGGGAGUGUGUUCAUGUCUGUGAAGGAAAUACUGAAGCUCUGAAUCAAACUGACGUGGAAUAUCUAUAUAUGACAAAUAUAAAUUAAUGGGUUUAUAUACAUAUAUAAAAUCUAUAAAUAUAUAUGUAUCGAGUUGAAACCACACUGCCUGCAAAAUCCAGCUGGAUGUUUGUCCCCUAGUUGUUUUUACCUUCAGUCAGUAGAUUUUAACCUGCAGUGCCCACUUUCUUUCUCCUUUUUUUUAUAAUUUCUUGUAGCGUUUUACCAUGACUUCUGUCCACGCCCUCUGCCGCUGAGUUCUCCAUGUGCCUCAGGUGCACAGGGUGGCGCUUUUCGGUUCUGUAGUUGGGGAAACUUCCACUGACCAAACACUGGUAAAUCUCAGUCACCAGUUUAGUUUGUUGAAAUGCUCCUGCUAUUGAGGCCAGUGGCUGAAAGGUUUCCUCACUCUUUGCUGUAAGUUCUUGUUGUUUGGGGGGAAAACGGGACAUUUGGUUAAAACCACUGAGUCAGCAGUGAAGGCCGAUUCACGUCAGAAGCGAAUCAAGGGACCAACGUCUGCUUCCAUGUGUUGGCUUCUCACUGACACUGAUAUGAAGUGCUUUUUGUCGUCGCAGCUCCUCUUCUCAUGUUUUGUGAUAUGUUGUUUCACGUUUGUUUUGCUCAUACUACUGUCGACCCCAUGUCCCAGGAGGGUUUUGCACAUUGUAAAGAUGAAAUGGAUGUAAUCAUAGUUCACUGUGGCUUCAGACUGUGUACAGUUAAGCUAUGGACUGUAAAAUGUACGGGAAAAUUCCUAUGGAAAAAAACUGAAUCACUUGAAGAGCCUGUCAAAAGGUCAUUGUGCAUGCCCAGGUUCUCUGGAGACUGUAAAUUUUACUUUUAGUGUAAACAAGAAAUUAAAAUAAUUUAAGAGAAAGUGAUUUUCUCUUG